UGAAAUUGAAUUAAGCAGCAAGUGAUUCAUUAAGUGAUGGCUGAAUUAGUAGCUCCUCCUUUCAAGAACUGGAGGACCACCCUGGAACGACUGGAAAAGUUUUUAUCCGACAGUUUUUUCCAGAAAUACAACCUCACCUCACAGCUGCAAACAGAACUGAAGACGUUUCAGAACAUUCCAUGUGUCAAAUAUCAGACUGGGAGACCUCUUUUUAAGGAUAUUGAUCUCAAAAAAUUCGAAGAAGUCGAUGUAAAAAGUACUAAAUUUGGACCCACAUGGUCGACGUUUUGGUUCAAACUUGAAGUUGAUCUUCCUGCUUCAACUUCGAAAGUAAACUUGGCGGAGUUCUCCACAAUUGGCUUAGUCUGGAAAUGCGACUGUGAAGCGUUAAUUUAUGAUGUCAAUGGAGUGUCGUUGCAGUCUUUUUCAGAGGAGAGAACUUUCUUUCCUUUCGAGGAUCCGAGGUUUCAAGGAACUCUUUACGUGGAACUGGCAUGUAAUGGGAUGUUCGGAGCAGGGGAGCAUUGUAUACAGCCUACCAAUUUGGAGAAGACCUUCACUGUCAGUGAAGUGAAAUUAGUUGUGAGAAAUGACUUGGCCUACAGUUUGUAUCAUAAAUUGAACAUGAUACAUGAUUUGGCAAAGGAGAUGGGACAAAAUACUGUUUCAGGAAGCAACGCUCUGUAUACUGCAAAUCACGUGGUCAAUUUGCUCCACAAAGAAGGUUUCUCUGCGCAAUCAUUGCAAGAUGCAUUGUCGAUUGUAAAUAAAAUCUUUCCACCACAAACAGGGACGAAGCAUUCCGACGAGCAUUUAACAAUCGAUGCGUUUGGUCAUUGUCAUAUCGACACGGCAUGGUUAUGGCCAUAUGACGAAACGAAGCGAAAAUGUGCACGGAGUUGGGUGAAUCAAAUCAAACUAAUGAAGAAAAACGAGAACUUCAAGUUCGUGUGCUCACAAGCGCAGCAGUUCAAAUGGGUCGAAACUGACUACCCUAAAUUGUUCCAAACUAUCCAGGAGUUCGCAAAGAAAGGACAAUUUAUCCCUUUAGGGGGAUGUUGGGUUGAAAUGGACGGAAAUCUGCCGAGUUGCGUGUCAUUUUGUCAGCAGUUCCUGUAUGGGCAGAUGUAUUUUAAAGAAAAGUUCGGGCAGUUUAGUGAUAUCUUCUGGCUGCCAGAUACUUUUGGAUACUCCGCUUUGCUGCCUCAAAUAGCAAAUUUGAGUGGAAUCAAGUACUUCCUGACUCAGAAAUUGAGCUGGAAUCUGGUCAAUACUUUUCCUCACAACUCCUUUAUUUGGGAAGGCCUCGAUGGAUCUCAGCUACUGACUCAUUUUCCACCCAAUGACAACUACUGCGCUCGUAUGAAUCCAAGUGAACUGCUGUUUGCUGAGAAGAACUUCAAAGACAAAGGCAGAUCUCAGGAUGCGAUGAUGCUGUUUGGGUUUGGAGACGGAGGAGGGGGUCCCACGGAGGAGAUGUUGGUGAGAGUCAAUGCUCUGCAGACUGACCAUAAAGUGGCCGUGCCGUCUUGUGUCACAACCACACCAACACAGUUCUUCGAGAGAUUGGACAAGAACAGAUCCAGCCUGUGCAAAUGGGUGGGGGAGCUGUACUUCGAACUGCAUCAAGGCACCUUCACAUCUCAGUCCGAAAUCAAACGUCUGAACAAUCGGAUGGAAAACUUGUUGCGCUGCGCCGAGUUCUACGUCGCAGUUCUCAGAAUCAUAUCACAGAGGGACUCGAACUCAAUGCCUCCAGAACUGGACAUUGACAAAAUGAGAAGUGCUUUGAAAAGUGCUUGGGAGUUAGUUUUGUGUAACCAGUUCCACGAUGUCUUGCCUGGAAGCUGUAUCGAAGAAGUAGCGAGGGAUGCUGUCGAUUAUUUUAAAAGAGCCGAGAAUCUAAUCAAGUUCCAGUUCUCAAGCGAAGUGAUCUCAUGUCGAGUGAACUUAUCACAAUGGUCUUUUGAUGUUCAAUCUGUCGAACCUCGUCGUUCGGAUCCUCUGUUGGACGUUGUAGUUCCUAAAGUUAACCUGUGCCUUGAAAACGAAUAUUUAAGAGCAGUGUUCAAGCCAGAUGGAACGCUCGAAAGUCUCAGCGCUUGUGGCACUAAGCAGAAUUUGGCAGCUGAAGGUUCCCCCCUGAACGUGUUCAAAAUUGACUCAGACAUGCCUCUGUUUUGGGACGCUUGGGAUAUUAUGGAUUACCAUUCCGAAACUGGAGCGAACAUCUCAGCUGUUUCUCACAGAAUAGAAAAUGGCUGUUUUGUCUUCGAGUUCAAAAUCAGUGACAAUUCUAAAAUGUCUAUGAAAGUUUCUCUGCCUAAAUGUGAGCCCUACUUGGUUUUCGAGUUGUGUGUUGAUUGGCAAGAGGCGCAUAAACUCUUGAAAGUUGAGUUUGAAUUUGAUUUGAGAGCACAGCAUUGCAGUUAUGGAUCUCAAAUUGGUUUCGUUGAGCAAACAAACAACAUGAACACUUCGCAAGAUACAGCGAAGUUUGAAGUUUGUGGUCAUAAAUGGGCAGCCAUGCAGCAAUAUGGAUACGGCUGUGCUGUUCUGACCCCGGCUAAAUAUGGCUUCAGGGCCCUGGAUUCAAAGUUGGCUCUUUCUUUGCUACGCGCCCCUAAGGCGCCCGAUGAUAAUUGUGAUAUGGGCAAUCAUUCAAUAAAGUAUGCUUUAAUGCCGUACGUAGGAACAUUCCAAACAGCUGAUGUCCAGAAAUGUGCUAAUGAUUUCAACUUGAAUACGGACGAUUUUGUUGUUUCUAUUCCGAAAUUGUCACCACAAAUGACUGAAGUGACAAGUGAAGGAGCGUUAAUCAAAGUGUUGUCGAAAGCGAUUAGAAUUGAGAGUUUUCAAUGUGCGUAUGAGAUGCCCAAUGCAUACGUGUUGAAACUUUCCGAACAGUUUGGCUCCUCUGCCCAAUGCAACGUAGCUCUUUCGUCACUCCUGGGAAUGAAAAAAUAUGCUCUUUGUGAUAUUCUUGAGAGACCCUUGAGCGAGUUCGCUGAUAUUUCUGAGCGCGGAGUGAUAAUAAAUGUGAAACCAUUCAAGUUGAUUUGUAUAUUAUUGAUAGCUUAAGUAAUCACCUAAACUGAAAUGUAUCUUCAACCUAUUCUGCUCCCCGAGCUUGUUAAAUAUUAGAUUCUGCUGAAUGUAAAAGGGCGUUAUCAAUAAUGUUACCGCGAGAAAAUGGUCGUAGUUUAGUAAAAGGAACAGGAAUGAUUGCUCGGUCUUAUAGCGUAUCUUGUUUUUCUUAGUAAUUAAUUGAAUGCGCUUGAAGUUCUCACCUUUAAUUAUAGUUAUUUUCAAUCUGAUUGUGGUUAAAGGAUAUAGUGGACUGUACUCAUAUUGAGCAAAACCACCUGCGGAUUCUCAUUGAAAAUAAGUGAGUCUCAAA